AUUGUAACGGUUGAGUUUGUCCUCAGUUCGCCGUGUUCAGCUGUUUGUCGCCGGAUUGUUAAACAACACCUUUAAUAGCAGAUAAAGCUUUUUAAUCAUUUAUACAGACACGUGUGUAUAUAACUCUACGGUAUAUAUUGUUUCUGUAGCCGGUUACUUUUUAUACACAAGUGCUAACGGUUAGCGUCAGUGCUAACUUAUAGUGCUAACAGCUAGCCUUAGCGUCAGUGCUAACUUAUAGUGCUAACAGCUAGCCUUAGCGACGGUGUUGGAGCUCCUGCUGAACAGCUGAAGAAGAUUUAAAGCGCUGUUAUGGAUUCUGCUGCAAGGAUCAGAUCAUCUAAAGACCUGAUGAUUCAGAAAUCAGACUGUGAAAAGGUUUUAAACAAUGGGCCGAAGAGGGUUCCUGUGACUCAGAGCUGCCACAAACCUGCACUGACUCCGAGCCACACGUCUGUCCUCGGUGUUUGUCAGGGGCCGCAGCGUGUCCAGAGGCCGCGGAGCGAGCAUAAAAGCCCGUGCGGCGGAGAGCAGAACAUAAACCCUGCUCAGGCCAAACCCAAACCCCAGCCAGCACAAAGUCAGCCCAAACCUGCACCCACUGCCCCUGAGGGUGUUAAACCCACAGAGCCCAAGCAGGACAAGCCUCACCCAAAACCUGCCAGCGGGAUGACCAGCAUGUCCAACACCGAGAAGAAGCCGUGGAGUCUGGAGAACUUCGACAUCGGCAGGGCUCUCGGGAAGGGAAAGUUCGGAAGCGUGUACCUGGCCAGAGAAAGACAGACCAAGUUCAUCCUGGCCCUGAAGGUGCUUUUUAAGAAGCAGCUGGAGAAAGCCGGUGUGGAGCAUCAGCUGAGGAGAGAGGUGGAGAUUCAGUCGCAUCUCAGGCAUCCCAACAUCCUGCGCCUGUACGGCUACUUCCAUGACACCGCUCGUGUCUACCUCAUCCUGGAGUUUGCUCCUAAAGGUGAGCUGUACGGAGAGCUGCAGCGCUGCCGGGCGUUCGAUGACAAGCGAAGUGCCACGUAUAUAAUGGAGCUGGCCGACGCUCUGUACUACUGCCAUUCAAAGAAAGUCAUCCACAGAGACAUUAAACCUGAGAAUCUGUUACUGGGAGCGAACGGUGAGCUGAAGAUCGCAGAUUUCGGAUGGUCCGUCCACACCCCGUCCUCAAGGAGGUCUACGCUGUGUGGCACGCUUGAUUAUCUGCCUCCAGAGAUGAUCGAGGGCAAAACCCACGACGAGAAAGUGGACCUCUGGAGUCUAGGUGUCCUUUGUUAUGAGUUUCUGGUGGGGAAUCCUCCUUUUGAGACAAAGAGCCACGAAGAAACGUACCGCAAAAUCUCCAGGGUGGAGUUCACGUAUCCGUCCCAUGUGAGCGAAGGCGCUAGAGAUCUGAUCAACAGGCUUCUGAAACACAACCCGCUGCACCGACUUCCAAUCCAAGGAGUCCUGACUCAUCCCUGGGUCACCGAAAACUCCACCAAGAAGCCGACUACCUUCGGUCAAGGCCCUAAAGAGUCUCUGUGAGCCGCGGCACCCGAGCGAACACUGUGGGUUAGAGAUAUGAGAAAUGGCAGUGAUUCCUGAGCCUGGCUGCCUUUUUACCUCUCGUGUGCAUGUCCCAUUUCCUUCUUUGGUCUUCACGCUUCCUGUAAAUAUUUAACUGUUCAGAAUUUGUACCUGUUAUUACUUGAAACAAUAAUUUUAAGUGUUGUCGCCUACUCUAAGGGGGGUUUCAUCGAGCUUUUUAAAGGACCGUGAUUUAUUUUUAGUGUUUUUUGGGCCAGAUGAUAGGAAAUUAAACUAAUUGUGUAAUUAUGAUCGUGGUCACUUUGCAGCCCUUCAGAGACGUUAAGUGUUCAUUCAUUUUCCAGAAAUGUGCAAUAUGUGAAUGUGAUGUGCUUCUGCUCAGAGUGUUUGUGUUCUGGAACAUCACCACUAUUAAAAAGGCCCUAUAUUCCUGUUUAUUUCUAAAUAAAUCAUGUUAAAUCUGAA